AUGGCACCAGGGACAUUCUUUGGCAUGACCCUUACUGAGGCUCGUAGCGUAGUAGAUGGUAAAUCAAGUGUGAUUACAGCUAAGGAUAGAGUUCUAGCUAAGAGGAUAGUACAGGCAUCAGUCCAUCCUGACACUGGGAUGCUAACACUAGCUGGGUUCCGUAAUAACCCCACAUUGGGUACUGCGGUAUGGCAGUUCAUCAACCAAAGUCAUAAUGCCUUAUUCAACUAUGCUAACCGUAAUGCUAGUGCAGAGGUCAGCUGUAAAGACCCUAACGUAAUGAAGGAGGCCCAGCGACGGUUCAUAAUGGGGUACAUUGGCGCUGUAUCGACUAGUAUGGGUCUNNNNUCGGAUAUGCUACUGCCGCCGCUACUACCUAUAGAGCGACAAUGA